CGAUGGCUACCGUUCGACCGGCGGUGCGGGUCUGCUCCGUGUUCGAGGCCUCGGGCCUGAGGCCGGCGGAGGCGGCAGGGCCACCGGGACCGGCAGGCUCAUGUACCACCUUGUUGGCAGCAAUGAGAAGAGGUCAUGGCGUGGGUAAUGGGGGUCCUUAAUGAUGGAUGGGCAUCGCCUUUUGAAGAUAUCCUUGAAUCCUGGAUGGUGGAGAAGCGAGUUUCCAUGAUGGAGCUAGCUGAGUUUCCAACUUUCAAAGUUACCAAGAGGAUGCUGCAGGCGAGGUGAGGACCAUCAGGGAACCGGCUCUGCCAGAGAUCUCCGACAGGAUGUCCUGCUCAGCUUGUGGCUGCAGCUUUGAGAGCCGAGAGGAGCAGACCGAACACUACAGGCUGGACUGGCACAGGUUCAACUUGAGUCGACGACUCAUGGGAGCCCAGUCGGUGUCUGCGGAGAACUUCGAGACAAUAGCGGGUGAAAUCUCCAGUAUAUCUGGCUCUGAUUCGGAGGAGCUGGAUUUGCACCCUGAGCCUGAGGGACUGUAUUGUCACCACAUGCUGGAUGUUUCUGAGCCAGGGAGCGGGAUAUCGUCCUGUGAAGAGAAGGCUCAGGGUCGCCGCAGUACUCGUGUCCUCUUUAGGACUGCAGAGGGCGAGCUCCUCUCUGUGUUCCGCUGUGUCCUGCAGGGAAAGCAGAUAACCAGGGAGGACGAGGACAGCAACAUCCUGGCUUCCCUUCUCAGCCUCACUCCCGAGACGAUAUGGGUCAUCCUCAUGGCAGGUGGUGGGCAUUUCGCUGGAGCGGUGUUCCGGGGGGAUGUCGUCAUCCACCACAAGACAUUCCACCGAUAUACCGUGCGCGCUAAGCGCGGCUCUGCCCAGGGAGCUUGGGAUGGACAGAAUCGAAACCAUGCACCCAAGUCAGCAGGAGCGUCCCUCCGCCGUCACAACGAAGCUGCACUUGUAAAGGAGAUUGAAGAUUUACUCUUGGUUUGGACUGAGUACCUGCAAGCAGCCAGUGCCAUCUUCCUCCGAGCUCCCAGUCACAACAGAGGCAUCUUCCUCGGUGGUAAAGUCCCCGCUCUAAACCGUGGGGACAGCCGACUGCGAUCCAUCCCCUUCAGCACCCGCAGGGCCACCUUCAAAGAAGUGAAGCGGGUGCACGCGGCCCUCUCCACUGUGGAGAUCUACGCGGCCGACACCGAUUUCACAACAAUCCACAGUCCACAGAGGAGGGUUUGGAAGAAGCAGCUGAAAUCAGCGGAGGAUGCCCUGUGUUCUGACAGAGACGAGUGCGUAGACGUGGAUAUCAACCCCUCUGAUCUACCAACUGCCCUUGAAGUGGUUGAAGAAACGCUGGGAACCUUGGACCUCCGGGAAUUCGAAGUGUCACCAAAAAAGAAACGGGGAAAGAAAAAGAAGAAAGUUUCUGCGGAGAAGGGGAUUCAUCAAGAAGAUGCAGCUCCUGAGAUAAACAGAGAGACUGACUUACUGCCAACCAGAGAGGAGGUUAAAGGAAAGACGCAACGAGACGUUAUUGGAGCAAUUCCAGCUGACGCAGCAGGGGAAGUGCGGAACGACCUGUACACGGCCUGCAGGACUGGAGACGUAGAGCGGCUGCGAGAUUUACUCCGUCAUCUGCUUCCGGCUCAUGUUUUGGAGCCCGGCUGCUCCAGUCCAACACCAGACACCGGACGGAACCCGGAGCAGAUCGCGGAUGACGGACAGAACCCAGAACAGACACCAGACGACAGAGAGAACCCAGAGCAGGCACCAGAUAACAGACGGAACCCGGAGCAGAUCGCGGAUGACAGACAGAACCCGGAGCAGAUCGCGGAUGACAGACAGAACCCAGAGCAGACUCCAGACGACAGACAGAACCCAGAGCAGACACCAGAUAACAGACGGAGCCCGGAGCAGAUCGCGGAUGACAGACAGAACCCGGAGCAGAUCGCGGAUGACAGACAGAACCCAGAGCAGACUCCAGACGACAGACAGAACCCAGAGCAGACACCAGACGACAGAGAGAACCCAGAGCAGACACCAGAUAACAGACGGAACCCGGAGCAGAUCGCGGAUGACAGACAGAACCCAGAGCAGACUCCAGACGACAGACAGAACCCAGAGCAAACACCAGAUAACAGACGGAACCAGGAGCAGAUUCCAGACGACAGACAGAACCCAGAGCAGACACCAAACUGUGGACAAAACCAGGAGCAGACAUCGGAUAGCGGACAGACCCAACAGCAGACAUCAGGCAAUGGGGCCGGACCCAGUGGGGCCACCGUUGUGAUGUGGGGGACCCUGGGGGACGGGGGUCUUGGUCCAGGGCCUGUGACAACAGAUGUGCUAAAUGAUCCGGUGGAUGAGUCUGGAUUCACUCUGCUCCACGUAGCUGCAGCGGCUGCUGAGGGCUCAGUCCUACGUCUGCUGCUGGAUGCCGGCUGUGACCCUGCCCGCAGGGAUAAGCGAGGGCGCCCGGCGUACACUGUGUCCGCAGACAGGGACACGAGGAAUGAGUUCCGCAGGUAUAUGGCCAAUCAUCCUGGGCGAUACGACUACGUGAAAGCACAGAUUUCUACACCGCUAACGUGUGAACUGGAGGCACAGAAAGCCGCUAAGAAGCGAGCGCAGAAAACCGCCAGGAAACUGAGGGAGAAAGAACGGAGGGAAGAGAAGAAGAGACUGGAGGAGGAAGAAAUGGAGAGGAAAAUGUUCUUGGCAUUGAGUGAGCGAGAGAAGAGAGCUCUCGCCGCAGAGAAACGCUUCACCCAGCAGCUGGUCAGCAAUGGAGCAGUCCCAACGGACAGCAGGCGCUGUUGGCUGUGUGGCCAAUCUCUGGCAGGACGAGUCCCCUUCGAGUAUCUCGACUACAGUUUCUGCACCACCCGCUGUCUUCAGGAGCACAGGAGGCAGCAAACACUUUGAGAGGGAGGGAGAUCAGCGG